AUAUGCAGCCCUAGGGAGGCCUGUCCCCCUGCCGAGGGCGUCUGUGUCUGAGGGUGGUGACAGCUGUUUUGUGCCUCAGGAGAAACUGAAGCCUGAGUACUUGGAGGCGCUUCCUGAAACAAUGAAGCUCUUCUCACAGUUUCUAGGGAAGAGGCCUUGGUUUGCAGGGGACAAGAUCACCUUUGUGGAUUUCCUUGCUUAUGACCUCCUUGAUCGACUUCGUAUGUUCGAGCCCAAGUGCCUGGAUGCGUUCCCAAACCUGAAGGACUUCAUAGCCCGCUUUGAGGGCCUGAAGAAGAUCUCUGCCUACAUGAAGACCAGCCGCUUCCUCCCAAAGCCUCUGUUUCUAAAGAUUGCUGUGUGGGGCAACAAGUAAAACUGUGUAUGGCCAGGAGAUGGGAACGAGGAGCCAGUGCUCUGAUUGCUGCCCUGGGGCCCUGGAGAACAACUGGACCCUCCUUCACUCACAGAGUCACCCCUCUUGUUCUUUAGUCCCUCUUUUCUUUCCCUUCACCCCCACUCAGGUCUUUCAUUUGGCUUCUUUCCCUACCCCUAUCCCACAUCCAACCAGGCCAUUGAGAGCUUCAGUUCCCUACAUUUCUUCAGCAAAGUCCCCCCAGCAUUAUCCUUCAUGAACUAAAGUCAACCAGACUGUCCUCCCUUCAGUGGUUGCUCUGUUUGAGGUCCCCAAGCAGACCCCUGGUCUGUAGAGCUCAGCCCUGAGCUCCCGGCACUGUUCUGAACGCCAGUAUUGUCCUGGUGUCCUGGCCUUGCUCCCCCAGCUUGUCCCUGUCCAGCCAUGCCUGGUCCCCAGUAAAGCCUUAAUCACA